AUGGCUCUCAAACAACCUUCUCACCUUAAACUCAACAAAGACAAAAUACCUUUGUUUCCACAAAACUCGUGCCUCAUCUCCUCCGCUCGUCCCAGCACUAAAAAUUCAUCUCGGUGCCGGCUGGUGUCUCCGCUGUGGGUGGAGGGGUGCGCCUCGGCCGGGCGGAGGCUGCCCGAGGCGGCCUUCCCCGCGGCCGCGCGGCCCUCGGACCUGCCGAGCCCCGCUACUUUACGGCGGCUGCUGAACAUAGCGGACAAAGAGAACAUACCGCUAGACCUGUUAUCACUCGCCGACUCCACAAACAAGACGAAGCCGAAUAAACUGCGCAUAUCCAGCGACACAGACCACGACACGUCGACAGACAAGUCCACCGACCAGUCCACGGAUAAAUCUAUGGAGGAGUCUGUCGAGUCCCGAGUGAACACGGCUCCGCGGCGCGCGCUGCCCGCCUCCACGUCGCCUGAACCUGCCAAGAAGAGCCGACGGAAGCUCUUCACGUAUAAGGAAGAAGAAGAAGAUAAGAAGGGUAGCUCUGAUGAUGAUGUUGACAAAGAGCCAAAGUCUUCCAAACCCAAGCCGACGGCUCGUCUAACACAACGCGCGCGCCGCGACCUCGCUCGAGCUGAGCGAAUGGCGAAGAAGCUCGCGAACAAGACAGCCAAUAGCGUGCCGGCUACCACACAGAGUAGCUUGGACAUUGUUCCGAGGAUUGUUCUAACAGGCAUGACAAGCACAGAGCGGCGUUCAAUAUUCGACUCUAUUCGCAAGCUUAACGGCCGAGUACAAGCUAAAGUGAACAAGAAGACAACACACAUCGUGUUGGGCUCCUGUUGUGAGAGCGAGAUGCAAGAUAGGGUAGCAGAUAGUGAUAGGAGGGAAAGGGAUGGCAAUAGGUUCGCCGGUUGCGGCGCUGAGAUUACUGGAAUAGCCUCGCUAACACUGAAAAGCCCACCCAACCUAACAUCAAAAACACAAAAAGCCACACUAAAACUCACAAAUGGCGGUUCAAAACCUCGCACUUUAAACGCACUAGAGGGCGCUGCGAGGGGCUGUAGAAUACUCUCUCCUGAUUGGGUGAGAGCCUCGGAGAAGGCGGGGAAAUGGCUGCAUCCCAUUGGCUAUGAGAUCGAACAUUUGAAAAAGAUUUCGCAGAAAGCGAGAAUAGAGCGCAAAAUCCUCCAAAAAACCAACAGCGAUUACGGAUACGACGUAUUCUGUGGUCUCUUGGUCAAGAUCUCAGAAAACGCAGAGCAAAAGGAGGCCGCGACCACUUUACUCUCACUCUGUGGGGCGAAGAUUGUCUAUGGUUCGAAGCCGGCCGAUGUCACUAUUGGGCGGGAAAAGGGGCAGGUGGCGUCAAAAUGGGUGUUCGACAGUGUCGCCGCGGCCAGAAUUAGAACUAGCCGGCGGUAUACCGUCAGUUCUAACGAUGAUAUUAUCGACAGGCCAGUCAUUGUUGAAAACGUGGAUAGUGAUGAUGUUUUUCUUUCAUUGGAUAAUGCGUGAUGAUAGGGUGUGAUUGGGCUCUUUAUCUUUAGGGUUGUGAUUCGAUUAUGUCGGUAAAGAGGUUUGAAGCAUAGUACUGCCAUCUGGCGGGUGUUGGUGACACUUCUGAGGUCAGUGUUAUUAAGUUAUUGAUUUAUUAUCGUAUUUUUUAUUGUUUAUCAGUGCAGUUGUAAUCACGAGGAUUUUUCCAUUUCUAAGCGAUUAUUGUGAUGGUUUUUUUAAGUGGUUUGAAGUGAUACUUUCCUCAUUUAUUUACAUUUGGUGAUUCUAUAUGAGUUUUAGCACAUAUCAAGAUGAUUUAUACAAAUAUGCAGCUAAUGUUUUAAAAUAAGCUAACCAAAUAAUAACCACAGAUUUAUUUAUCGUAUAUCUUUCUAAG